AUGGAGUCUCUGCUUCAAGACCCGAACUUCACCAUCUUGUAUGGAAUGAUCCUUGCCAUCCUUAUCCUAUCAACCCAUGUCUGGCUCAAAUCAAGCUCAUCUCGCAAGCUUAACACACCACCAGAAGUUGCAGGUGCAUGGCCAGUCAUAGGGCAUAUGCCCGUACUGGCAAAAUCCCAUCUUCCCCACAAGACCCUUGCAUCCAUGGCUGAUGAGUACGGACCGAUCUUCACCAUCAGGCUCGGUUUGUCCCCCGCCGUAGUGGUUAGCAGCUCCGAGAUAGCCAAAGAAUGUUUCACCAAGCACGACCUUGCCCUCGCGUCUCGCCCACAGCUAUUAGCCUCUGAAGUUAUGGGCUACAACCAUGCCUUUUUUGCGUUUGCUCCUUAUGGUCCGUAUUGGCGCGAGGUGAGGAAAAUUGCCACCAUGGAGCUGCUCUCCAUUCGGAGGAUUGAGUCGUUGCUCAACCCUGUAGUGGCUGCGGCAACAGAUAGCGCCAUCAAAGAGUUGCACAAGCUUUGGACUGAGAACAAGAAUGAUUCAGGUACUUUCACGUGUAUGGCAUAA